GCGGAUACAGACUCACACGGCUGCUACUCUGAAACCUGCCCCAUAGGGAUGCAUGUUGCUCUCAACCCCCCUGCCUGAGUGCCUGAUUGGUGCUAGGGGGCUGCUGCUGCAUACACUGAAUUCCUGACUGCUUGAGCCUAGUGUCCCUUCUGAAAGGUGGAUGCUGGCUCUACCUUCUUACUUGCCAGGAUCAUCACCUGAAGCUGCAGAGAGAGGGGACGUUUGCCACAGCGUGAAUGGAAGUGUAGGCAGGAAGCAGCUGGGAGUGCAUGUGGAAUCAUGAGCUGUUCAGAGGAAGGUGCGGGGUUGCACCCAGCCGCUACUUCCCAGAGUGCCCCACAACGCCUUGGGCGUGCUUAACAUGUCAUUUUCCUUGCAUCGUUUUUACUUUAAAGAGACAGGUCUAAGUAUGUUCAGACAGUACAGACUCCAACCCAAGACAUUAAGUACUCUGCCAUUUAUCCAUGUGCUCAGGGUCAUCCCAAACGGUGGGGUAACCAGGCAGUCAGAUACAUGGAAGGGCUAUUAACUGACAGAAGGCUACAUAGGGGAUGCACCGUGGAUUUGGAUAACUAGAAUUUGCGGAUCAAGGGAAUUCAGAUAAUUGGACAUGUGCUGUAUUUCCUUUUCCUUUCUUGUUUUUUCUUAAUUCUAAUGGAAACUUUGUAUUUAUUUUAUUUAUUUAUUUUGCAGGUUCCCCUGCCAUGUUUGCAAACCAAGAGGUGCAACUGGUGAAAUUGACUAUGCACAUAAGGGAAAGGAGAUGUCAUUGUAGAACAGAAGGCCCUGAUUUUUCAACUGGUUGUGGGUGCAGCCUCCUCCCCUCCAUCAUCCAUGAUGGCUGAGCCGCAGCCGGUGCCCUGUGCAAUGCGGCUCCUUUCAGCUAUUGCUAUAGGGGUGCUGCUGGCAGGUCCCUCCUCGGCUGCAGCAGGGGAUGCCCCGCCUGGCAAAAUAGCUGUGGUGGGUGCCGGGAUAGGUGGCUCAGCAGUGGCCUACUUCCUGCAGCAGCACUUUGGACCACAGGUGCAGCUGGAUGUAUACGAGAAGGGCAGUGAGGGGGGUCGACUGGCCACCAUCAUCGUCAACAAGCAGCAGUACGAAUGCGGUGGUGCCUCUAUCCACUCACUCAGCCUGCACAUGCAGGACUUCGUCAAGCUCCUGGGCCUGAAGCACCGACGAGAGGUGGCAGGGAAGAGCGCCAUCUUCAGUGGGGAGCAGUUUGUCCUGGAGGAGACGGACUGGUACCUGCUGAACCUCUUCCGGCUCUGGUGGCAUUAUGGAAUCAGCUUCCUGCGCCUACAGAUGUGGGUGGAGGAGGUGAUGGAGAAGUUCAUGAGGAUCUAUAAGUACCAGGCACAUGGCUAUGCCUUCUCCAACCUGGAAGAGCUCCUGCGCUCACUGGGUGGUGAAACCUUCAUCAACAUGACUCAACGUUCUGUGGCCGAGUCCCUGCUGGAGGUGGGCGUCACGCAGCGCUUCAUUGACGACGUCAUCGCAGCUGUCCUGCGCUCCAGCUAUGGCCAGUCAGUGCUCGUGCCCGCCUUCGCAGGGGCCAUGUCGCUGGCAGGGGCUCAGGGCAAUGCAUGGGCUGUGGAAGGCGGCAACAAGCUGGUGUGUUCGGGUUUGCUGAAGCUAACUAAAGCCAAAGUGAUCCAGGCCAGGGUGACAGGUGUCUCUCUGCACAGCUCAGACGGGAAAGCCCUGUACCAGGUGCGCUACGAGGACGAUGAAGGCCAAGGUUCUGCCUUUUACGACAUGGUGGUUAUCGCCACGCCACUGCAUUCUGGCAGGAGCAACAUCACCUUUGAGAACUUUGACCCCCCCAUCACUGACUUCCCUGGCUCCUUCCAUCCCACCAUCACCUCCGUCGUCCAUGGCUACCUCAACUCCUCCUAUUUUGGCUUCCCUGACCCCAAGCUCUUCCCCUUCGCUAGCAUCCUCACCACUGACUCCCCCGACCUCUUCUUCAAAGCUAUGGACAACAUCUGCCCCGUCAACAUCUCAGGCGCCUUCCGGCGCAAACAGCCCCAGGAGGCUGCCAUCUGGCGGGUCCUCUCCCAGCAGCCCCUGGACAAGCAACAGCUGAAGACCCUCUUCCGCUCCUACUAUUCAGUCCAGGUGACGGAAUGGCAGGCUUAUCCCCACUAUGACUCCACCAAGAGCAUCCCGCCCAUCAUCCUCCACGACAACCUCUUCUACCUCAACGGUGUGGAGUGGGUGGCCAGCUCCAUGGAAAUGGCUGCCGUGGCAGCUAAGAAUGUGGCGCUACUGGCAUACAACCGGUGGUACCAGGACCUGGAGAAGAUUGACCAGAAGGACUUGAUGCAUAAGGUGAAGACUGAACUGUGACACAAGGGAGGCUGCUAGGGAGCUGGCCUGGAGCCUCUUCAUUUACUAGCCUGCUGAGGAUUUUUUGUUGGGGGAGAGACCACUGGAUUUCUGGAUGAGAGAAGGGGAGGGUCUGACCAAUGAGUUCCUUGUAUGUUGUUGCCUUCAGUAACACCGCCCCUGCACCACCCUGUGGCGCUAAUGCCAGGUGCCUGCUACAGGCAUCAAUGCUCAGGCUUCCUCCCUACCCAGCCAGCACCAGGGAGGGGUGAGUAGGGAACCUAAGCUCAUUGCCAGGGAACUGCCAGCCAGGACCCAUUUCAGAUCCUAAGUUGGGCUGGGGCUGUCCAUCCUUAAAAUGGCCAGUGCUGAGGAUGGGGUGGGAUGUGCAAAUCCAUUCUCUGGUCACUUAUCAUCUGGGGCUCGAGCGUGGGAUCCCAUGAGACUUUCAAGGGGUGAGACCUGAUGAUGGCAAGAGCAGAUAUGUGGUCAUAUAUUUUAGGCCCCAUGCCCUUACCCAUAUGGGGCCACGUACCGUGGGCACAGAUCCAGAGGUGGAUAUGGACCUUCGAGUAUGACCCACCUGGCAAGACCCAGCUAUCCUAUAGAGCAGUGCUGAGUCUAGGCAACUGCCUGGCCCCAGCAUUUCCUGGGCAGGACUCCCCUGGCUGGCAGUGCAGUCGGACUCCUUGCUCUAGUUGCUGGGAUUGUCCUCAGUCCUUGCAAGUUCAGCGCUGGACCCAACACUCAGGUCUUGGCAGGUAUGUGGUUCUCCAGCUGCGACCAGGUCUGUGCUUUGAGUCUGUAUGACUAGUGGGUCCCUCUCAGCUUCUCACCCAGAGCUGCUCUUGCUUUGUUAACCAGGCCCAUCAGCUCCCCUCUAAAUGCAGGCAGGGCAGGGGUUGGGGGGAACUGCCAGAUAGAGGGGCUGACGCUGCAGCAGCCACAAGGCCCGCAAACCUCCUCUCUAGAAGCAUGACCUACAAACCCCUUUCCUAACCUUGACCCCUUGGGCCUUGCUAGGCUCUCUAAGCCCAUGCAUUGGGGACAGACUGAACGCACACUCAAGAAGCGCUGUAGCGGCUGGCGAUCCUUGGCAGGUUCCCUGGGGCAGAGGGAUUGAUGCUCGGUUUAAGACGGUUUUCAACCUUUCUUGAAUCAUGUCCCCUGAAUCUUAAAAAAUAACCGAACAAAGUAAUCUAGAGGGAACUGGGGCCAUUAAUACAUUGAUUCCAAUAAAGGGGUUUCUGCUUGUAGUAAAUCAGUGCUUUGAUCUGCUGUCCAACUGUACAAAGACUAGAAAACCUUUUAAAAGUAUGUCCCUUAAUAUCCACCCAGUGUUCAGGGCAGUAUUUCUCAGUUUCAGCAUUGAAGACCCUGUAUGCCCCUUCACAACACACACUGAAUUGACCCAGAUGCUGCUCUGUCAGACAGGAAUGGCUGGGUCAGACUUCAGCGCGUGGCGUUGUGACUCCAUGAGUGAGGGGAAAAGGCUGGCAGUGCCGCCUAGAAAGUUAGAUGUGCGGUGCCCCCUGGCUGAGAGCUGCUUGUGAGCUGA